CUUCCCUCUCACAUCCCUCCGGCUCCCUGCCAAGGAGGAGCAGCGCUGGGGAACAUGAGCUGCAAUAGGUACCCCGUGGAUGUCAAGGCUGUCGGCUUCAUGCAGUGCAGAAAACAGAAGAACUACAUGAUGUUUGUGUCCUGGUCAGAUCAGAACAACAUUCUGAUCUACAGGACGUUUGAAGACUUUAAGAAAUUCCAUAAAGAGCUGAAGAGAAAAUUCCCCACUGAGAGUGGGUCACUGAGGAGUUUACCCAGGUUUAAAGGUAUAACUAUGCAGCAGAGAAAGGGUGGGAAGCUGAGCAGGUGCCUGGAGAUCCUGAAACUGCUGGAAACAUAUUCCCAGGAGCUGCUGAAAACCGAUGUGAAAAUCUCCCAGGGUGAAGAGGUGAAUCAGUUUUUCAAGGCACAGACUCAAGACCUUGAUCCCUCCUUCCCUGAAAACAGUGUUGUGAUCAUGCCAUCAGUAUUCAGAAGGGAGAAGAAGCCCCAGCCCCUCUCCAUCACCCUCCCUCAGGCAUCGCAGAGCUACCGCUGCAUCGAGGCCUUUGAAACCAAAGACACGAAGAACAAACCCUUCAGAGUGGCUCAGAAGGAGAUUGUGGAAGUGCUAAUCCAGGACAUGACUGGCUGGUGGCUGGUGGAAAAUGCAGACAAGCAGAUAGCCUGGUUCCCAGCCUCGUACCUGGAAGAGCUCGAUGCCUGCGAGGACAUCCAGAAUGACUUCAGCUCAGACGAGGAGGGCAGCCUGUACUUUGUGGUGCAGGCCUACGAGGCUCAGAACGCAGACGAGCUCUCGCUGAACCAGGGGGUGGUCGUGGAGGUGCUCAGGAGAUCCCACAAUGGCUGGUGGCUGAUCCGGUACAACGGCUGCACUGGCUACAUGCCCUCGCUGUUCCUGCGGCCCUACCAGAACCCUCACCACAAGCUCCAGACCAUCCUGAGCUGUGGCCCCAAGGCCACCACACCGACCCUGCAGCGAGCAGCGGGGCCCCGGCCCGGCCCGGCCCGCGAGCAGCGCUGCGGCUCCCCGAGAGCCAGAUCCCGCUCUCUGCCCAGGGCCAGCUCCACUCUAGAGCUGGAUUUGGACAGCUCCUCCCUGAGCUCAGCGGGCAGCAGUGAUGGGGACGCCCGGCUGGCCUGGAAACCCGACUUGUCGCGGUCGCUGCCCGAGGUGGAGCAGGCCAGGAGCUCUCCUGCCCCGAGCCACGGCCUGGCCACGCUCGGCAGCAAAUCCCCGCGCCUCAGCGCCAGGGACAGGAACGACUCCGGCUUCGUGGAGUCCCCCACAGCCGAGCUCAGCUCAUCCCUCACUGACCCUGAGCUGGCCAUGGGUGUCCCCAAGGUGCCAGCCCGUCCCUCGGCCCGCGAGAUCCUGCAGCGCUGCAGCACCGUCACCAAGCGCGCUGUGCAACAAUCGGCUCCCUGGGCAGCCCUGACACCCCCAGCUGGCUUUGGUGUCCCUGGGAUGGGGACAAAGGACAUCCCUGACACCCCCAGCUGCCAUUAGUGUCCCUGGGAUGGGGACAAAGGACAUCCCUGACACCCCCAGCUGCCAUUAGUGUCCCUGGGAUGGGGACAGGGG